AUGUCCAGCAAUGUAACUUCCAUGGUAGGAUGUAGGAUGAAAACCCUCUCCUUGAACACCACAUGCAGCCAAGUACAACUGUCUGUCAUAGCGUCUGUGGUGUCUAUGAGUGUGGGCAUCCUGUCCAACACCCUGGCCCUGUUUAUACUGGUCAAGGCUUAUCGCCGCUUCCACCUCAAGUCUAAGGCCUCAUUCCUGCUCUUCGCAAGUGGGCUGGUGGUCACUGACUUCCUGGGCCACCUCGUAAAUGGCUCCCUGGCACUGUACGUCUACAGAUUCCGUAGGGAGUGGAAGGUUUUUGAUCCCAAGCACACCCUAUGCGAGUUCUUCGGGGCCUCCAUGGUGUUCUUUGGCCUGAGCCCUCUGCUGCUGGGCAGCAUCAUGGCUGUGGAGCGCUGCAUUGGAGUCACACGCCCACUUUUCCACUCCACCAUCCUCACCUCUCACCACAUGAAGAAGCUGCUGUCCCUCACCUGGCUCCUGGCUCUCCUUGUGGCUGUCCUACCCAUCCUGGCCCACCGACCCUACCAGGUUCAGCACUCCCAGAGCUGGUGCUUCUUCGCUAUGGAUGGGACCCGUGACUGGCUGGACCUCUUCUUUCUGUUACUGUUCUCUGUGCUGGGCUUGCUGGCACUGUUCGUAUCCAUGGUAUGCAACACGGUGACUGGCAUUGCCCUCCUGCAGUCGAAGCUGCGCAAUGACCAGCACCGUAAGGGCACCUCCCAUCACUUUGAGAUGAUAUGUCAACUACUUGCCAUUAUGCUGGUGUCCUGUGUCUGCUGGGGCCCUUUUCUGGUCAGCAUCAUCUCGCACAGCAUCUGGACCCAUGACCAGCAUGCCUAUGUACAGAUGUUGCUGGUGGUAAGAAUGGCUACCUGGAAUCAAAUCCUCGAUCCUUGGAUCUACAUCCUUCUCCGGAAGGAAGUCUUGAGGAAACUCUUCCUCAUGACUACAGACUGCUCCAGCCACCGGCCCCAGAUUCACUACAAGUGGAACUACAGCACCCCCAAGAGCUCCAUGCAAACCAAUGACACUGCUGACUCCUUCAGCCUGGAAGGUCACAUUGUGUUUUACAAUGCUGCUGAGGCCAUGCCCUAUGUCUAA